AUGGAAACCACACUGCUUCCUUUGUCUAAUGUUAGAAGUCUUUCACCAAAUUUAGGAUGUACCAACUUGACUGCUAGAGGAGACAAAAUUCAAGCUUCAGUAUCUAAGGAAGAAGGGCCAUAUGUUGAUAUUGAAGUUGGUUGUGUGUAUAAGAUAGCACAGUUUCGGGUGAUUCCAAACAAUCGCCCUGUUCGUUUUACCAACUCGACUUUUAGGCUUAUCUUUCAUGCUGGAACUACUAUUUUCGGACAUGGAGAUCCUUCCAUACCUCGUGAGGCAUGGUCUUUUUAUGACACAGCUGAAAUAGAAAUAUGCAGGGGAACUUUCUCUCAUUUGAUAGAUUUUAUUGGGUUGCUGUCUGCUGUUUCACCUGUUAGACGUUUGGUUACCCAUGGAAGGAUUAGCAAAAUGAUAAACAUGGAAAUGAUAGAUCCAGUUGGUAGGGUUCGCUGUGUCCUACUUGGUGAACUGGUUGAGCUGCUGAUGUUGCAUCUCUGUUCUAAUUGGGUUAAUCGUCCAAUUGUUAUCUUUGAGUAUUUUCUUGCUAAAUAUAUUAGAGGUGACAAACUGAACAUUUUUUUUGAGAAUCUGAAAUCUGAGUUAUGUUUUCAGAUAGUUUUACAAAAAAUGGUUUAUAAUUUUAAUAAAAUAUGUAAUAUAUGUAGUUCUUUGUAUUACUUCUCUUGUAUGCAGGGGGGGUCAUCAUCCAAAAUGUUCCUCAUUUUUCCAAGAUAUACAUCAAUACUGGUUUUGAGGCUGCUUCAUUAUUUUGUCGCAGGCUCUGACCUCAACUCAAUCUCACACAAAUCAGAAGCACUGUGUAUAAAGAGCAACCCAAGCAACGCUUUCGCAUUCACCAUGUUCAGUAUGAACAGUGGAAAAGCUUCAGAAGUUCUGAAGUUAUACAAACUCUGAUGUGGACUCAGUCACUAGAAGCUCUGAAGAUCCAGAAAGUCUGAUAACCAAGAAACACUGAAGGCUCAGAUGUUCUGAUGGUGUAGAAGACUCUGAAGAUCCAGAAGCUGAAUAGUGGAAACUCUGAAGUCCGGAAGCAAGAAACUCUGAAGGCCAUGUUCUUCCCUCUGAGUUCAGAAUCAGAAGAUACAAUGGUCAGAGGAUCUGUGCUUUCCCUCUGACUCUGAUCAACCGGCUUCACAAGUUCCAAUAUGAAGCAUUCCCCUGAUCAGAAGUCUCCUAGGUUCAAAGGUCGCGUCGCUAUACAAGUACAAAAGCAACUGUACCUUCCUGACGACCUACCUAACGUUCUCAGCCACAGCAGAAGCUGGAUUUUCCAGAACUGCCCUCCAACGGUAGCAUUUCCCAUGCAUCGCUCAACCCUAAUCCUUGGAGUAUAUAAAGAGGCUGAAGACUGAAAGAAACGGCUAAGAAGAAGCAUUCACAUACACAAGACAUAUUCAAAAUCUUCUAAGUUUUCUUUCAUCUGAAAUUCAUUGAGUUUACUAUUAGCUUUUUAGAAGCAAAUCUCUUGUAAACAAUUCUUUGAUAAACAGUUUGUUUAGUUCCUUUAGAAGAUCAAGGUUGAUCGGAUCCUAGAGAAGACUAAGAGAGUGAAUCUUAGUGUGAGCUAAGUCAGUGUAAUUGUUAGUCACUUGUAGGUUUCAAGUGCAGUUGUAACUCUUACCUGAUUAGUGGAUUGCCUUCAUUCUAAGAAGGAAGAAA